AACAAGUUUUGCUCAGUCUCUGUCUGAUUUGGUCAAAACAAAAGCCUCUAAUAUCAGUUGAACUUCCGAGUUUAUCUUAUUCAUUGUAUGUAUAUAUAAAAAGAGUGUUCAAAAGAAAGGAGUUUGCCAAAUCCUGUGAAGUGUUUACAUGCAAUGGAGAAACAAGCUAAACCCAAGAACAAGAUCUUGAAAUUUUUACCGAAAGCAGCUUCAGCUGUUAGUGUCACCUUUCAUAACCCUCCGUUCAGCCCAGGCCGAGACAUGAGAGUGGACAAUUAUACAGGCAAGCAUAAAGCUUAUGCAGGCAGAGGAUUCUCUGGUCCGAUCAUUUCCAUAAUACCUGAUGAAGCUCGAAGAAGGUCCAAGAGUGAAGCCUUUGAUCAGACUCAAGAACCAACUUCACCGAAAGUGUCAUGCAUGGGGCAGAUCAAGCGCAACAAAAAUAUGAAAAAAGCUAAGCUUGUUUCGCCUCCUAAAGGGUUGAAGCCUGUCUGUGAUCAAUCUUCUUCUUCUAGAGAAGUAAAGAAGAAUGCAUCAAAGUUAAGGCGAAUCUUUAGGAUGGCAAAACCAGCUAGGAAAUCUGAUGUAACAAGUAAUAGGACAGAGUUGCCUGAUAGAGCGCCUUCUUUGGGCCAAAUGAACCGGUUUGCAGGUGGGCGUGAUGCUUUUGCAAAUUUUGAUUGGAUGGAUCAGAUGACACCCGUGGAAGCUGAUCAUAGGGAUUAUUACUCUGAUGAAGAUAGAAGAGAUGGUGAUUUUGAAGAGGAAGAAACGAUCAUUCCUUUCUCGGCCCCAAUGACGGUUGGUGGAGUGCCUUUACAGCCAAGGAAAGAAAUUAACUUAUGGAAGAGAAGAACCAUGAAUCCACCUAGUCCCCUUCGAUUGAAUUCCAUGGUCAGCGCAAAUUGAUUGAUUUUUUUUUCUUUUGGCAUCGCUGCUAUUUGUUUCUUUUCUUGCUUCUCAUAUAUAGAUUGUGCAAAUAUAUAUAAAGAAUCAUAAAAUAUGGUAUGGACGAGUCUGUAAUUGGCAUUUGACACAAUCUGGAAUUUGUUGAUUCUGGUUUCUGUACAGAUCAAUGUUGCUUGAACACCACUUCUUAUCUUUGUUUUUCCAGUGGUCUUCUUUUCGUUGUGCUCAUGCUUGUGGAGAUUGGUUUGAAACAAAGUCUACCAUCCAACUAGCCAUAAGGAUUAACAGAAGGGAAACUAUAAUUAGUAGAAUCAUGUCUUGAUCCAAUAAGAGGAAAUGCAUAUAACUUACUUAUGUUUCCAUUAUUCUAAGAACGAAAUCAACGCUUUAUCCUUUUAGUUAUACGUAAUCACUGUUGAAUAAGGAUCGUUAAUACGUUUAAUCAGAGUUAAAUACUAUAAAUUCUGUUGACAGCCGGAAAUAACCUAGUAACUAUACAGGUUGAUAUGUUUUACAAGUAAAAUCUAGCUGUCAAAUUGUGGCCCGCAGCCAAAAUGGAAAAAGAACUCGUAACCAAUAUUAAGGCGAGGAGUGGUUUCAAAGUCAAUUGGAAGCUGUAUGGAAAGAUAAGUGGUACAAGUUUGUGUUAUACAUGCCAUUUACCAAGGUUGGCAGUGUGCUAACGCCCAACGCCCAGAUAAUGAUGGUUGACCUUUCAGCAACAUUUGACAGUGAAUCUUUUUACAAUAAUUAAGUGGAUGGGUAUUAAAAUUUUUGGUAAGAAAAGAAUUGUUGUUUGUUAAGAAUGAUGCUAGAAAUUAAUGCAAAUUCAUAAUU